GGGUUUCAUUUAACUGCUGCUCAAAAUUCUACCCUGGAAGCAAAGCUAUGUCUGAGCUCGAGACCAGGGCUGUAACUGACUUUGUAAGAAGCCGAAAGGACAGCUUCCUGUGUUUCCUCAGCAUCCACUCCUAUGGCCAGAUGCUCCUGAUUCCCUACGGACACCCCAACUACACCGCUCCCAACUAUGAUGAACUGGGAGCAACAGAAGCAAUAUGGAAGGUUCACCGAACAAACUACACUGUAGGAACCCCGCCCGAUGUAUUAUACCCCAUAACUGGUUCAGCCACUGACUGGGCUCGGAUGCAGGGGAUCCCUUUAACCUACAUCUUUGAGCUGAGAGACAAUGGGACAUACAGGUUUGAGCUUCCUGAGGAUCAGAUCCAGCCUACAUGCGAGGAGGCCUACAGAGGAGUUUUGUACAUCAUCACCUACGCCCACGACAAGACGUUUAACGGUGCUGUAGCCAACACUGCUGUGACCCUUUCCGGCAUACUGUUGGCAGCAGGUGUCACUGGAGCCACCCUGAGAUGAGAGCUGUUUGAUUUCAGUCAUUCUGCAAUUUGUGGCACUUAUAUUUAGUUCUUCAAGUAAUUUUUCAGAAAUAGAGUUUUAAAGUU